AUGCUUAUAAUGCGAUUGACGUUGUUGGCUGUGUGUGCUGCGGUCUGUGCGACGGGCGAGUCUCCGGUACGAGUGUUGGGAGAAUUGGAGGAUGCGCGCGCGAACUACAAGAAGGCCAAGGCGACAGCGGAGGCGUUGGUGAAGAAGUUUAACAAGUCGCGGGGUUCGGCUGCUGACAAGUUGAAGAAGGAGGUGGAGAAGGCGGAGAAGGCGGCGCGUACUGCAAGUAAGACGUUGAAGAAGGUGGAGGCCCGGAGCGCGGCGACGGGGUCGAAGAAGAAGAGCGAGAAGAAGGCUGGUACGCUAAAGGAAGAGGUGAAGCAGCGUGCCGAAGACCGGCACAAAGACACGCAAAAGGGCGGGAAGGACACAGCCAAGGACGCCAAGGACGCCUUGGAGGAGGCGAACGCAGACCUGAAAAAGGCCAAGCGGACCGCGGGUGACCGCGCCAAGACAGCUGUGGACUCGACCGUGAAGGGUGCGAAGAAAGCAGGCGGCAAGAUCAACUACGAGGUCAAGGAUGCAGGCAAUGCCAUGGCCGACGAGGCUUUGAAGGCCGGCGGCCGCGUCAAGUCGGGAGCCGCGGCCGUGGGCAACGUUUCGGUCAACGCCGCACUCGGCGUGAAAAACGCGUUUAAACACGCCGGCACGAACAGCAAGGUCGCGGCCGCAAAUGUGGGCGAUGCCAUCGGCGACCACGCCACUGACGCCAAGAACAAGGUAGUGGGCGGCGUCCAAACUGCCGGCCUGCAAGUCAAGAAGGCCGGGGACGCUUCGGUCGAAGGCGCCAAGAAAGUCGGCGAAGCCAUCCAUGUCGGCGCCGUCAAUGUUGGCGACGUCAUCGGUGACCUCGCAACCGACGCCAAAAAUGGACUUGGCACCGGCCUAGGCAGCGCUGGCGCAGCUAUUGGUAGCAUGCCAAGUCUAGCCAGCAGCCUGGCGGCCAAAGCGAAACUUGCCGGCACUACAGCUCUUGGCCGCAAAGACCUCGGUCUCGACUGGUGGAAGGCACUCCUCAUCGUCCUCGGCACCACCCUUGGCGCCGGCCUCCUUUCCGCCCUCUGGGAGUUCUUCGGCCCCGCUAAGAAACACGCCUAUGACAUCGACACCGUCCAGCCUCACUACGUCGCCGGCGCUCCCACCGUGGCCGCCACCGGCGCCACUACCACCGUCGCAGAACCACAAGUCGCACCCGCCGUCGUCGCACAAACCAGCCUCCAAAAACAGCCCACCGUCCCUGUCGCUGCCGUUGUGACAGAGGCGGCCCCGGCCGCUGUUCCGGCAGACGCUACCGUCAUACCCGUCGCCACUGCACCUGCUAACGCACAGGUCGCGCCCGACGCCGUCCCCGUCCCCGUGACCACCACCACCACUACCAGCGAGGUCGUCCAACCCAUGCAGGUCGAAACCACGCAAACCGUUGUCCCCGUCGGAGAACCCCAACCCGUCCAGCCAACCGCCGCCGGCCAGGACGCUGCCCAACACGUCGGAAACUUGAAGGAAAAAUUCGAUAAAGAUUAG